GUAACAUACCUAUCGAUCAUGUUGAUCUUCUAUCUUAUUCUUCUAGUUCUCUCAUUUGCCUCUUUAGAUUCAAAUGGGUUCACAAUGGCCCAAAAGUUGGAAGCAAUUGGUGGGAAAGGCGGUAAGAUUUGGGAUGAUGGAGCCGACCAUGACAAUGUAGCAAAGGUUUAUAUACGAGGUGGUCAUGAAGGCAUUCACUACAUCAAAUUUGACUAUGUCAAGGCUGGAAAAUCCAUAAAUGGAACGAUUCAUGGUGGUUUGGCCGAUGGUUUUACACAAACGUUAGAGCUUGACCAUCUCAACUACGAACAAAUUGUAUCUGUUGAAGGUUACUAUGAAGAAAAGACAGGUGUGAUGCAGGCACUCCAAUUUAAAACCAACCUCAAGACUUCAGAAUUUAUUGGAUAUCAAAAAGGUACUAAAUUUUUACUUGGAGUCAGUGGAAAAAUCAUUAUUGGCUUCCAUGGAUCUGCUGGGCAUAACCUCCGGUCUCUUGGAGAAUAUUUAAAGACUCUUCCUACCAAAUCGGAACUCCAAGGAGGCGUAACAGGAGGCGUAUAUUGGGAUGAUGGUCCUAAUUACGAUGGCGUAAGAGCAGUGCAUGUUACUUUUACUGAAACUCAUAUAAGGAGUAUGGACAUCGACUACGACCAAGACGGUCAAGUGGCACUUUGUUAUCACGGGAUGAAGAAUGGAGAAACACAAGGGUUUGUGGUGGACUUUCCUAAUGAAUAUAUGACAUCUGUAGAGGGUACCUACAACCAUAUACAUGAGGGUAACUAUUUGGUGCUUACGUCGUUGAUUUUCAACACAUCAAAAGGAAGAACCUCUCAGACAUUUGGAUUGGUCACUGGUACCAAAUUCGUGUUGGAGAGUCAAGGCAAUGCCAUUGUCGGGUUUCAUGGAAGGGAUGGUGGUUCUUUUGAUGCUAUCGGAGUUUAUUUCGCUCCAAUGGUUUCUUCAUAGAGUUCAGAACCUUGCAAGUUUCAUCAUCGUAUCCUUUAUCUCUUAUUACUAAACUAUCUCCGAAGUUGUGAAUUUGGUAUUGUGUUUGAGUUCUAUAAAUUUCAUGUAACAAAUAAGGUUUACCUAUCUAAAGCACGUCUUCAGUAUUUGGUAACAAAAUAACUAACUCCAUUUGCUUCAUAAAAAUUGUCAUUUUAGAUUUUUUGUUUUUUUUUGUAUCAAUAAGUGUCAUCCUAGUAUUCUACGUUUCUAAUACAACUUUUCACAUCAAAUUAAUAUUCUAUCCUUUUAAAUAGCUAACUAAUUUUAAUCAGCGCUUUGAAAGUUAUAUCUCAUGUUUUAAUAGGUUUUUAGUAUCUCGUUUUAGUUUAUUUUGAUCAUUUAGAUUACAUAUUAGGUGUAUAAUUGCAUUAGAGUGUUAAUUUGCAAAUAACAGGGUUCAAAUUGCAGAAUUGGAAGUUUAUGGGAAAAUCAAUAGUCAAACUGCACAUUUCAAGAUUGUGGAGGUAGAAAAGAAAGAAGACGAAAAUUCAGGGACUAAUGUUGCAAUUUUGGAAUGCUUAGUGGGGCUAAAUUGUAAGAUCAGAAAGAUUUGGGUUUGUUAGGGUUCUUCCACAUUAUAAACGUUUGGGGCCGAAAUGGGAAAGUACAGAAGAUAUAGGACCUAAAGUGAAAAUAGUGUAAAAGCCACCAUUUCUGAUCUUCGAUGGAGCUCUUCUUGGUUCCGUGACGGCGGGGCUUGAAGAA